GGGAGAGGAGGAGGAAAGGAGGAGAAGGAGGAGAAAAGAGGGAGCUCGUCCUGUCCCCAGGCAGCCCUCCCAGGGCAGAGGUGAGGCACCGGGCCAUGAAGUUGGAGGACAAGUUCCCAAGCAGGGCUUCCUCGGGCUCCCCCUCGCGACAGUAAUUUGACACUUGGAUCUCCAGGACGACUGACAACAAAAAAGCCAGGCAGAGACAGCAGCUGGCUGUCAGCAGAGGAGCUGCACUGAGGUGCCCAGGGGAGCAGCGGCACCCACGGAGGAAGUACGAGGACAGCACAAGGAGGCUCCACGCUGGGGCGCUGCUGCUCGGCCCCCAACACCUGAGCUCCCAGAGACAUGAAGCAACCUGUUCAUGUCGAAAAAGGAAGUGGAGGUGGCAUUCAAGGAAGACAGCUGAAAACAUUCACGCACGUCCCCUUGCAGAGAAGGAAAUCCAGAAGGUACACGGCUGCCAUCUUGCUCCUGAAGGACUAUGAGGCAGAAGGCGGCACAAGGUCUAAGUGAGCACAAGUGGGACAAACUGGGGUCCAGCAGGGGAUCCAACCUUCUGCAGGAGGUGGCCUGCCUCAGCAGGCGGGGGUUCCUCACCAUCCUGGGUGCUCAUGCAAAGCCCACACACAGGCCAAGUGCAGGGUAGAGGGCUCUGUUCAAUGACCUUCACAGUGGUUCUAAACCAGCUCUGCCAAGGCAGCAGCACCAGAAGGGACCAGCCUCACUGCCUGCAGCCAGCUCAGGGAGAACCGGCUGAGACCUGGGCGAGGCCACAAUCAUUACAGCCAAAGUCUGGCAUUCGCCCCUGCCACCUUGCCCCCCCCACCCCGGGUUUCAAGCAACUGCCUGGAUUAUGCUGGGGUGGGACAAGGCUGUCUCUGGUCUCUCUCUAAAGAGGCUCCAGCUCCCUCACGCCCACAGGAGAGGCAGAAGAGGAAAGUGGCUCAAAGACACAACAGCCCAGACAGGCUCAGCCUGGAGCUGCACCCUGGGCCUCUCAGGCACCCUGAGACAGGAAGAGGCUCUCCUGGGGCAGGGGUGGGAGUGGAGAGGACUUUCCUGGUCAGGCUAGAGAAACAGGUGAAGCCAGCAGGGAGGAGCUGACUUGAGCAGCCUGGGCCUCCUGACACCCUCCCAGCAGACAGGACAGAGUCCUGGCAAAACCUGGAGGGACAUGGUUCGGCCACUCCACCAUGGAGAACACAUGAGCGUGGAAACUGGGCUGGUGGGAGAGCUGGGGUGGCCUCUCUCCCCUUGGGAGAACAUGCAUGGGUUCAGAAACUGGGCUGGUGGGAGAGGUGCGGGGAGGCUCUCCCUCACAGGAGAACACACAUGACUGUGGAAACUGGGCUGGUGGGAGAGGUAGGGUGUCCUCUCCCCACUUGGGAGAACACACAUGAGUAUGAAAAGUGGGCUGAUGGAAGAGGUGGGGGGCCCUCUCCCCCACAGGAGAACAUGCAUGAGUGCAGAAACUGGGCUGGUGGGAGAGGUGGGGGGGCCUGGGGGACGGGGACAGUUUUCACCUCUGCUGACCCUGGCCAGAAGCCCUAUGAACCUGCUCUUGAGAGAACCUACUUCUUCUGUCCCCAUAUUGUUGGAAGGCAAGAGUACCAGCUUGGCAUCCUAUGCCAGUCUUCCCACCCCGAGGGACCCAGCGGCCAGCAGGGAGCUGUGGCAGUCCCAAGCACCCUGGCAAAACCUAGGAGUGGUGCCUCAAGACAAGGGAACACAACAGAAAAGCCAGAAACCACCACCAACCUUGGCCUUGGCCGGCAGCCCCUGAAACAAGCCCUCGGUCUCACUGUCAUCACCAACUUCUCCUACCCUGGGCUGUGUCAGCUAAGUGGGGACUGAGGGCCACCACUAGGUAGAAGUCACCGGGGUGCAAUGCGUGAGACCUGACAAACUCGUUCUGCGGGCUGCGGAUGGGUGCGAGGGUGGAAUCUCGGUGCUGCGGCUAGUGUGGGGCCAGCUGUGGAAGCUCCAGUUGUUCUCUCUGCCCCGGCACAGCCUGGCAGGAGCCCCGACAGGAAGCCAGCACAGCAUGGCCACCACCAACUUCGUGCAGGAGAUGCGAGCCGUGGGCGAGAGGCUGCUGCUCAAGCUGCAGAGACUGCCCCAGGCUGAGCCCGUGGAGAUCGUGGCCUUCUCGGUCAUCAUCCUUUUCACAGCCACUGUUCUGCUGCUGCUGUUGAUAGCCUGCAGCUGCUGCUGCACUCACUGCUGCUGCCCCGAGCACAGAGGCAGGAAGGUCCAGGUACAGCCGACACCACCAUGAGGGAUGGGGGAUGGCUGAGAAGCUGGAGAGGAGACGGCCAACGCCAUGACACAGGUCAUCAGCCUGGCCCUGCAGCCCUCGCCCCCUCAAAACCAGGCUCCCCUGGCCCCAGCUCUCAAAUGGCCCAGGUACCUGGACACUGACACCUGGAGCCCUACCAAGGAAACCAGGCUGGUACAGCUGCAAACCUCUCACCUGCCUGUGGAUACCGGGUGCUGAGGAGUCAACUGUUUCAAAGACUGGGUCAACUGCCUAGGCUUCUUCGCCUACUUGCGCUUUUUAACAGAACAAGGAAGUAGGGGUCCCCAUCUGUGAGCAACUGGCCCUUGGGGCUCUACUGAUCCAUGCCAAAGAGAAGUAAGGCAAUCAGAGAGGCUCUGUGCAAUAGCUUCUGCAUCCGCACUCUGCCAGCGUGUGAACAUGUCAGUAUUCUAGUCCAGUAUUUGCCCGUUUCCAAGUAAAAGCCUUUGGGUUAUGUGUU